ACGCAGCACUCAGUUCCGGUGUUCAACCUAGCAGUAGCUCUAUAGCUGAAACGGACGGCGGGAAUUUACUAAUACCAUUUUAACCACGGAUUUAAAAUAACAAGGCGAACAUAAUUGUAAACAAUCGACAAUUCACUAUCUGUAAUUGAUGGAUUUGUAGUUGGAAAUACGCUAAAAGAAAACUGAGCUUCGCGGUGCGGAAUUCAGCUAACAUCAUGGCUAACGUCGGAAACCAGUUAGCAACACAGGCCGUUGCCAAGUCUGGGAAACAUGGAAACGUACUGCCCCUGUGGGGCAACGAAAAGACUAUGAACCUCAACCCAAUGAUUCUUACUAAUGUACUGUCUUCGCCGUAUUUCAAAGUUCAGCUCUACGAACUAAAGACUUACCAUGAAGUUGUGGACGAAAUUUAUUUCAAGGUCAUUCACAUUGAGCCCUGGGAAAAAGGAAGCAGAAAGACUGCAGGUCAGACAGGAAUGUGCGGAGGGGUGCGUGGAGUUGGGACUGGUGGGAUUGUUUCUACUGCUUACUGUCUUCUUUACAAACUGUUUACACUCAAGCUGACACGCAAACAGCUGAUGGGUCUGAUCACUCACACAGACUCUCCAUUCAUCAGAGCACUUGGAUUCAUGUACAUCAGAUACACUCAGCCGCCGACAGAUUUAUUAGAGUGGUAUGAUGGCUUCCUGGAUGAUGAGGAGGAGCUUGACGUAAAAGCAGGAGGUGGCUGUGUGAUGACCAUUGGAGAGAUGCUGCGCUCGUUCCUGACCAAACUGGAAUGGUUCUCCACUUUGUUCCCCCGAAUCCCAGUGCCCGUACAGAAGCAGAUUGAUCAACAUAUGAAGGCAAGGCCACGUAAGGUGGCUCAGAAAGAGACUGAGGAAGAGACUACUGGUAGUUAUUCAGAGUCAGGGAAACAAGGGGAACAGCGCCACUCCAGGACCCCACGACGAUCACCAAGUCCCAAAAAGUCACCCAAACGGUCAAGAAGCAGGAGCCACCACCAUGAAAGAGAACGCCGCGGCCCAAGCUUUGACCGUGAGCUGGAGCGAGAGCGUGACCGCCAGAAGAAGGACAGGGAGGGGAGGGACAGAGACAGGGGAGAAAGGGGGGACAAGGAAAGGCGAAGAUCCCGUAGCGCAGAGAGGAACCAAGACAGACGAGAACGCAAAAGAAGUUGCAGCAGGGAGCGGAAGAGUGAACGCAGGGAGAAAGAAAGAGACGGAGGGGAGGACAGGAGCAGGAGGAAGGAGCGGGAUCACCAUAAGGAUAAAGACAGAGGGACGGAGAGGGACAGGUCUAGGGAGAGGAAGAACAGGGGAGAGACUGAUGAGCGGAGGCACAAAGAAGACAGGGACAGACACAGGGAAGACAGGAAGUCCAAACGAUCCAGCCGGAGCCGCAGCAAAGAAAGACGGCACAAAAGUGGGGGAGAUGAGAAGAGGAAGAGGGAGCACAGCCCCAGCAGAGAGAGGGACCGCGAGCGGGACGGAGAACAGAGACAUCACAAACGCAGCCGCAGCAAAGAGAGGAACCGUCAGCGAGAGUCCAGUAAUGAACAUAGUAAGCAUAGUGACCGCAGGAGGAGUCGGAGCGCUGAGUAAACAACCCGCAGCAAUAUUCUACUUUUUCUGUUCUUCCUUUUCUUCACUCGUCUGACCAGCUGAGUGACGAAGAGGAAGAUCAGCACGCAGACUUGGCAUCAGAAUCUCUUUGGCCAACGUAAUGUUGCUUUCUAUUUGUUUUUUUUUUUUGUUUGUUUGUUUUGUUUUUUUAGUGUUUUACUCCCCGUUAGAACGUUGUUAGUCCUCAUCUGAAAAUCUGUUAAAUCACGAACAACAUUUUAUAUUAUACGAUUUUUGUUUUGCCCCCAAAAGAAAUGGGUUUGUACAGAAUGUCGAGUCUGUCUACACACAGUUAUGUGACAGAGUUGAACUUGAAGGCUCAGCUUUGUGCUGUCAGCAUUUAUUGGAUUUAUUUUGUAAAAGGUUGUUGUCUUUAGCCUGCUCAAAUGCUCAUUUCUAAGAUUAGAUGAAAGCGACCAACGGUUUGAAUUCAGAUACUAGCAUGAAGACGACGCAGCUAAGCCAGUGCUAACCAGUUCUGUUUGUGAUCACUUGUAGACAGUCUGAGAAUGUUUUAAUCUGACGGGCAAACUCCAAAGGUUUAUUUUUAUCACGUACACCCAAUUCCUGCUUGUGUUGUGUUUGAGUUGCUCCGAUGCAUUU